CAAAGGCUUAACAUAAAGCCGAUUUCAGAUUGUUUUUUACCUGCAACAGCAUCAGCAAUGCUCACAUUUUUAAGCACAUUUUUGCUUGACUCCUGAUGCCUACAGCUCAACAUUUUGUAUAUAUAUACACACACACACACUCUCUCUUGCUGGUGUUGGCUUUCCCCCUUUGCCUCCCUCUCUCUCCCCAACUCUCUCCUCCUCACUCUCGGACAAUUGACAGUACAGAGGUAGACCCACCUGAAGAACAGGAGGAGGAGAGGAGGUCUCUUGCUGCUUUCUUGCCUCCUUCUUUCUCCUUCUUUGUUCAUGGAUUCUUGAUAGCUUCUGCAUGUCAAGAAAUUUCUCCUGAACCAAGUAGGUGUUGCUUCUGCUUCCUUUGAUAUGAUUGGAGCAAGUGGUUGUGAAAGAGGAAGAGAUUGAGGAGAGAGAGAGAGAGAGAUUAAGAAGGCGAAUUCAAGAACUGAUAAGAACAAGUUGGUUGUCUGCAUCAUGGAUUCUGCAUUUGAUGCUGCCGUUGUGCUUGGAUGGAAAUGACGCCAAAAUACCCGUCCAAUCUUCAGGUUAUAUGUCUACCAUUACAAACUUCAUCACUAUCACUACAAACAUUGACAGUCCAUUCUGAAGAAGGGGAUUUCAUACUAGAUGUCAGCAAUUCUUGCAGCAUCUCUAGCAGGUGCUGCAGGAUUCUUGGCAUUAGUAGGCGCCGCCAUAUUUCUUAUAGUACUUUUCCUCCGGCACCGCAGAAGAGCUUCAGACUCUUCGGAAAGUAGUUCAUCCAGUCCAGCUCAACCAGAGCUGCAGGGAGCAAGAUGUAUGACUCUGGAGGAGCUAAGUUCAGCUACAAGGAACUUCAGCAAUGUGAAUCUUAUUGGACAUGGAAUGUUUGGAGAGGUUUACAAGGGUUUACUCCAGGAUGGCACAAUUGUAGCCAUUAAAAAGCGACAUUCUCCUCCUAGCCAUGAAUUUAUUCAUGAGGUUAAUUAUCUAUCGUCGAUCCGUCAUCGUAACCUUGUAAACCUUUUGGGGUACUGCCAGGAGAAUGGAAUGCAGAUGCUUGUUUACGAGUAUGUUCCCAAUGGCAGCGUUUCUACGCAUUUACAUGGUAGCAGCCAUGCUCCAGGUGUAAAGCUAGAAUUCAAGCAGAGACUUUCCAUUGCUCAUGGAGCUGCUAAAGGCCUAAAUCACCUGCAUUCUCUGACACCUCCCACGGUCCAUAUGAACUUCAAAACGGCCAACGUCCUUGUGGAUGAAGAUCUCAUACCCAAAGUUGCAGAUGCCGGCAUCCGUGCCCUGCUAGAUCGAUUAGGCGGUGUAGGCCCUUCAUCGAGAACAUCUUACGAUCCUUUCCUUGAUCCCAGAAUGAGGGAAUCCAUAAAUUUUUCCAUUCAAAGUGAUGUAUACAGUUUUGGUGUUUUCCUUGUGGAGUUGCUCAGUGGCAAGAGGGCUCUGUCUGAUCAAAACAUCAUUCGAUGGGUGCAGAACUUCCAACAAUCAAGUGAUAUCUCUGCAAUUGCAGAUAACAGAAUGGCCAGUGCCUAUACCUCAGAAGGCAUGAGAGAAUUUCUGCGGUUGACAUCGUGGUGCGUGAACCCGACGAGCGAGCAUCGCCCAUCGAUGAACUUGGUGGAGGCGGAGAUAAACCGAAUUCGCGAGCAAGAGAUGAGGAUGACCACAAUCAUGCCAGAAAGCACACCAACUGUGACUCUAGGUAGUCAGCUCUUCACAACAUCAGGUUGAAGAAGAACUAGCUAGUUUCCUCUCAUCAUCAGAGUUAUAGACUAGCAAUUCCCUUUCCAUUUAUUAUUUCUCUCUCUCUUUUCUUUGGUCUUCAUAGUGAUUCAGCUGUAACUCAAGUGUACAAAAAAGGAACAGCUGUGAGGUUCCCUUUAUUCCUUUUCCUGUACAAGAAAAGAAUGAUAUUUCCUUUUCUUUUACAUAUUGAUAAUAUUGGAGGCUGAUGCCAAAGUUAUUCCAUUAUACUACUA